UGUUUGACUGUCGUUUGCUGUAUUGGUAUGGCCGGUAAACAUGGUCGUGGUAGUCCUCUCCUGACCCGUAUCAGCCUGCUCAUAGGGCCUGCAUUGGCACUGGGAAUAGUGAGGCCACUACGAUGGACAGGUAUUACCAUGGCGUUGGUGAUGGCCGCCAUGAGUAUCAUGGUAUUCCUGAUCUUCCGAAAGGAUAUGAGAUUCUCCAUACUAACUGCAAUACUACUUGCUAACCAAAUAGCGUUGAUAGUGAGUCUACGGGAUUACAAUAUGAACAGUGCAUGGAUACACAGUAUGGAUUCACCAGCAAGUAAGGGAUUCCAACAUGUCGAAUAUAAGGCUGGAGAUGAGCUGCGUUCGGCGAGCUAUCCUUAUGUAUCGGUUAUUGUUUAUAUACCAGCUUCCUUAGAAGGAGGGAAGAUAUCAUCUAGCGACAUAUCACGGACAGUUGAUGAGGUCAUAGAGAAUAGUUCCAAGUCUUUGAUCAAGGAAGUUAUCUUGUAUGCUCCCGAGGACUUACCCGUUAGUGGUGGUAUUGGCGCCACUAAUUCUUUUGUCCGGUAUUGCUCCUCUAAAGAGGUCCCUAAGUAUUUAGAAUGCACUGAUGAGCAGACGGAUACAAUAAUCUUCGUCCAAGCUGGUGUAACGGAUCUCAAGCGGGACUGGCUCAAUGGUAUUGCUCGAGAGGCACUGGUUAGAAAGAACACCAUUGCGAUACCUGUAGUUCAUUAUGGUGGAUCCGAUCGGGUACAGGGGGCGGUUAAUAAGAACUAUCAAAUAACAGCCUUGAACAUAGACAAGAUGGAGGAGAGUCCAGUAAUGCCUCAAUUAGCCGUCUUUGCUACUACCAAGUUUUGGCUAAACGAAGUGGAUACGAAUCAGAAGCUCUUGCGUGAGCAUCUAACUCUAAGCCUGAGUAUGAGAACAUGGCUGUGUGGAGGGCAGUCAAGGCAGCCCUCAGUACCAUUCAAUGAAUGGUUGGCUGAUGAUAUUGCACAAGUUAAUAGGAAGUGUCCCUACGAUCUUGAUUGGUGGAUGUCUAAAUUCCGUGAUCCAUUGGUAUCUGCUAAUGCCAUGGCCUAUGAAAGUUUCAUGCUCCAAAACCCUCGAGGCUGCCUUGCACAUCGUAAUGGGGUCUUCCGACUUGAAUCUGCUUGUAAUACCGAUGAUAAAUCACGGAGGUUCUAUUGGCAAGAUAAUGGGAGGAUGUUGAAAACUCUAGCAGAUAAUAGAUGUUUGGAUGCAGCUAGUCCUAGGCGGGAAGGUGCUCGUCCAGUGAGCUAUUGGUGUAUGGCUGGGAAUGAUAAUCAACACUUCGAGCUGGAAGGUCACCGUCUUACAUGGAAUAGCUAUUGUCUGGCGCCCACUCCUAGUGCUGAUCUCGAAUUCCAACUAUGCAAGGAUGACUCUUCUGGCAAUCCUAUUGACUCACAGAACUGGGUGGAUACCAACAAACGGUGGGAGAAUGUGGACUCUCUUGGCGCACCUGAACUAUUCCGAUGA